GUUUAAGAGCUCUAGCUCGGUGGGGUAAAGAGCUCAGUCGAACUGAGUUGGUGUCAACGUUGAAUUGUCUUGCGUGUGUUAUUCUUUCAUUUUUUGAAGAAGAAGAAGACGAGAAAGAGGAAGAAAAGGAAUAGACAUGCAAGAAGGAGUCUUUAAAAGCGAGUGGAAAGAUUAUCCUGUAAGGCCUUACGAAGGAUAUAUUACGGACAGAGCUGCUGAAGGAUAUCCACCCGGUAAAGUCCUCCCUUUGAAAGGAAUGGAAGUCUGGGGGCCAACUUCUGUUGACCCUGCUAAUGAAGGCUUCCAGUUACGUGCGCCUUCACAAGAAAACUACUAUCUAAAAGGACUUCUUCCCCUUGGCUAUAACAAUGAAGUCUCCAUCACACAUUUAGAUGGAGGUACGUAUGCAAUUAAGGACAACAAGGACACCAUCCUCUACUACGCAAGCACGCCAGUUCAUCGAGACUGCUGUGGCUGUGGAGGACGUUACGUGACGGGGUCCAAGUUCCAUGUUUAUACUCCCGAUGACCAGCCUCUGCUCUGGGUAGAGGAAUUCGUGCAGAAAUUCUGUUGUACUACGCGCUCUCAAACAUGGGAAGUGAUGCUGAAGGCAAGCGUCAUACUGGGAGAAGUGAUUCCGAACACCAAUUACCGAACGCUGCUGCUGAAGUCGAAGACGGGGGCUAGCCUCUGCUCUAUCGAGAAGCUCUUCGGGUAUUUUGCAUCUUACGAUAGAAUGUACAAGAUCCUGACGUCAUCUUCGUUCGACAGCGGGAGCAUUUCUUAUAAUAAAAUUUCCCGUCAACUUCGGCUCAGUUUUCCCAGAGGUUUUGACGUUCCAAGAAGGGCUCUCCUAAUGGCUAGUGCUAUCGUUUUGUUAUACCAAAUAGAGGAAGAGGACCAUGAACUGGUAGUACAACGAGGACGAGUAAUUAGACGUGGAGUUGGAGUGGGAGGAGAUGGAGAUGGAAAUGGAUUUGGAGGAGCAGCAGGAGGAGUCGACUGGAAGGCAGGAGUAGUGGUAGGAGGAGUGGAGGAUGAGGAGGAGGAUAGGGAGAAGGAGCGGGAGGAGGUGAUGGCAGUGUUUACUACGUAA